AACCCACCUUCAUGCUUCCUUUCCUCCUUGAUUCCCUCCUCUCUAUAAAUAUUAAUCUACUCAUUCCACUCUCUCUUCUCAACCAAGACUCUUAAAAAACAUACAAUUAGCUCAGUUUUUUUGGUUGGAACUACCCCACCAAGCAACUCUCCUAGGAAUCCUUUUGAGGAGUGUUUUACACAUUAACUUGUUUCUCUCUUUCAUUCUUUGUUGUCUGAGUGGCUCAGAUCUUGACAGGAUGAAUAAGCAAGAUAUUAUGAAGAUGCAGAGCUGUGUGCUUAGAGUGAACAUACACUGUGAUGGAUGUAAACAUAAGGUCAAGAAGUUGCUGCAGAAAAUGGAAGGGGUGUAUUCAACAAGUAUAGAUUCAGAGCAAGGGAAAGUGACUGUGAUGGGAAAUGUUGAUCCGAACGCACUGGUUAAGAAGCUAGUGAAGUCGGGCAAACACGCGGAGCUAUGGGGAGGAGCACAGAAAGGCUCAAACAAUAUGAUGAUGAACAAUAUGUUCAAAAAUAUGCAGAUGGAUAAUGGAAGUAAUAAAGGUGGGAAGGAUAACAACAAGCCUCAACAGAAGGGUGGGAAAGAUCAGCAAAAGAAUCUUCAACAACAACAAGCCCAGUUCCAACAAAUAUUGCAACAGCAUGGAAAAAGCUCGAAAGAUUUCAAGAUGCCUUCGAAGGACCAGAAAACGGUGAAGUUUGAUUUCCCUGUUGAUGACGAUGAAUAUAGUGAUGAGUAUAGUGAUGAUGAUUAUGAUGAUGACGAUGAAUAUGAUGAUGAGGAUGAUGAGGAGUUCGGUGGUCAUGGUUUCGAUGAUCACCGGAAUGUUCAGAAGUUUCAAGAUAAUAAGAUGAAAUUGGGUAUGGGAAAUGGAGGAAUGGGGAUGAUGAAUUUUGGUGGAAAUAGUAAGAAAGGAGGGUUUGAUUUACCUAUAGAUGUUAAGGGUAAAAAAGACGGGAAGGAUGGUAAAAAAGAUGGAAAGAAGGAUGACAAAAAAGAAAAGGGUGAGAAAAAUAAGGGGGGGUUCUCAUUCAAAAGCUUGAUGGGGAAGUCUGAUGGGAAAAAAGAUGGGGGUAAAAAAAGUGGUGAAAUUGGUGGAAAAGAGGGCAAGAAGGGUGGGAAAGACAAUCAAGGUGGUGAUGGUAAAAAAUUUGAUAGUAAGAAUUUCGGAGGUAAAAAUGACGGUGGUAAAAAUGGUGGUGGUGGUAAAAAUAGUGGGAAAUUGCAAGGAGAAGUUAAAGUUAACAAUGGAGGAAAAAACAAAGGUGGUGAUGGGCAUAAUAAUGGUGGGCAUUAUGGUGGUGGACCUGGUGGGGAUCCAUAUAGUAAUGGUAGCCGGGGUAUUAAUGUGAAGGGGGCUGCAAAGCAUGAUGGUUUUCAUGAUAUGAAGUCUCAUAAUGGAGGUGCAGCUGGUAGGCCUAUGGGACAAAUGGGUCAAAUGGGUAGUUACCCCAUGGGUCAAAUGGGGAACAACCCAAUGGGUCAGAUGGGAGGUCAGAUGGGUAGUUAUCCGAUGGGUCAAAUGGGGAGCUAUCCGGCGGUUCAAGGUCACCCGGCCGGAGCAAUUUCGGGAGGGUAUUAUCAAGGGAUGGGGCAGGGGAACCCCUACAAUCAGCAACAACAACAGUAUAUGGCGGCGAUGAUGAUGAACCAGCAGCAGGCAGCUGGAGGAAUGUACAAUCCGGCAAUGUAUGGUCGGCCGCAGCAUGCGAUGAGCUAUGGUCCGCCACCGAUGAUGCCGCCUCAUGUUAAUGAUAAUAUUACCCACUACUUCAAUGAUGAAAACACUGAUAGUUGUAGUAUUAUGUAAAUUGUCAGGGAGUGUAGCUGUGAUAUGUUAUGGUUUUGCUAUAUUGGGACUUAUGAUUGUGUAACUUUUGUGAUGGAGGAUAACUCUUACACAAAUAGUAAGAUUAAGCAAAAUUUGUGCCUUUGUUAAUUGGAAAUGAGUAGUUGUUGCUUCUA